ACCCUAUCGACAUGUUGCUUGUGCACAAAUAAUGUGAUAUAGUGACCGAAGUCAGUAAGUAUAUUAUCAAAUGACAUCACAAUUAUUAUUCUGAGUUGGAAAUUGCAUGUAUUCACAUUUUAUAUCAUAAUUUGACUGAAAUUAGCCACGAUCAAAGGUUUUAUUUUCAAGGUUGUACAUUUCUAUGGGAAUUGUUGGCCUAUUUACAAAAGUUAUUAUGCAAAGAACUUUUAUCAAUUUAACGUGUAAGAUUUAAUUUAGCCCUUUUUAUUUCUAUUAAUAUUUUAAUCUCCAUCAUUGAACUGCUGUUGUUGAAUUCGCUAAUUAUUACCUUAUGUUUGAAAGUAUGCUAACGAAGAUUAAUUCCCAACUUUCUGAAUAUUGGGUACUUAAAUUUUAAUUUUUUUAAAGAUACAACAUACAUGGUCAAUCAUUUUCUAGCAACAUUUCCACAUUAAGGGCAAGUGGUUUCGUUGUUUGAGCAAUACCCACCACUGUAGUUUAAUUUUAAUGUCAGCCUAUUUGCCGAGAUAAUUAUUUUUAAAUUUUAUUGAGUUGGGAGCAUUAAUCAAUAUGAAUGUACAUGUAAUAUUGGACAUGCCGCUUAUAUCACUAAAUUUUAUCUCCACAGUAUUUUCACUUAUGUAGCUUUCUCAACUUCUGCGCCAUGAACAAAAAACAACAAACAAUUUUUUACAUAAAAAGUAUCAGGCAAGGGCAGCAUUGUGUUCUAAAUUCCACAAAUACAACAUAAGACAGCUAUCUUGUUAAAGGAGUUCUUUGUCCUCAAAAGAUCAUAUACGUUAUCAUAAGAGAGCACUUAACGUACAUGGUAUAACUGUUUUGCAUUUAAAGUUUCUAAGUUGUCAACAAACAAAGCUUAUGGAAUUGCUAUGGUAGAGAUAGGCAUUCGUUGACAUGUGUAGGUCGCACAGUCUACCCUCAUAGUGUAGCAGACACGUUACUCUGACCUGAUUCAGGUAGCAUGAUAAGAUACAGCCAUAACACAAACACUGAAGCAAACACUGAGCCACAAACUUUUUUUAGUUCUUGAUCAAAUCUCGUAAAAUGGCUUGGUGCAUUCGAUACCUGCCUUUGCUUAUUCUGUCAGUAACUGUAGUAGACAGCCAGUUAGAGGUCACCAUCAGAACCGGUAUAAUACGUGGUUUCAACAAAACAGUGAACGGGAUAACUGUGAACGAAUUUUUCGGAAUCCCCUUUGCCACGCCGCCAGUUGGGAACCUUAGAUUUGCAAAGCCCCAGACUGCGAGCCGCUGGCCGGGGGUGAAGGAAGCAACGGCGUACGGUCCAGCUUGCAUGCAGAGACCCAACCCUUUUGGAUUUCCUGUCCCGAAGAACAUAUCUGAGGAUUGCCUGACACUCAACGUGUUUGUUCCUGAUACCCCUGGCCUCAAAGCUGUAAUGGUCUGGAUUCAUGGAGGGGGCUACUACAUUGGAGGCAGUUUUCACUAUGAUUUCACCGAAUUCGCUGCAAGAGGCGACAUCAUCGUUGUAUCAGUAAAUUAUCGCCUGGGACCAUUUGGUUUCCUGAGUAUAGAUGGCGCUAAUGCACCUGGAAAUCUGGGACUGUGGGAUCAGAUUGAGGGCCUGAAGUGGGUACAAGACAACAUUGGAGCCUUUGGUGGUGACCCUAAAAAGGUUACUAUAUUCGGAGAAUCUGCCGGGGGUAGCAGUGUCUCUCAGCUUGCCCUUACCACAAGAGCUAAGGGCCUAUUUCAGCGUUUCAUCCCUCAAAGCGGAGCACCCUGGGCAUAUUGGGCGUGGUCGACGGAAAAGGCUGCAACACUCUCCUUAAGGAUUGGCGACAUUAUAGGCUGCCACGCUGGGCCAACAGAGAGGCCAAAACUCCUCGAUUGCCUACGGAAGACAAAAGCUGAACGACUCCUAGACGCGAGUAUCGUUGCUACCAUCGGCGUCCCUGGGAUCCUCCAUUACAGUGGUGAGGUCGAUGGCGAUAUGUUCCCAGAAUCCUUAUCAGACAUGUUUAAAAAAACUGAUUCAGAAGUGAUCCGGCACUUUCGUUCUCUAGACUGUUUGACAGGGUUCACUGACGGAGAUGGGGCGAUAUUGACCCAUGACAUCGAUAACGGGAUUACGCCUGCAGAGUUACGAGACAAGUUCAUCCCUGCCGUGGCGAAGCAAGUCGCACCUGGCCACGAAGCCAAGAUUGGGAAAGUGCUGAUGAAGGAAUACUACAACAGCACAGCUAAUCGAUAUGACACUGCUAACCGCUACGUCGACAUCGUGACAGACUGGGCGUUGGCAGGACCAGUUGCCAUUCUAACAGAUAAACACGUAUCACCAGGUGGUGGCUCUACAUAUCUAUACUACCUCACAAAGGUACCUUCAUAUGGCUAUGUUUUGAAAACCCCUCCUUGGUUCGAUCGAUCAAACCACGCAGACGACCUUUCGUAUCUCCUUGGUCCAGAUCACCCAACUAUGUUUGAUGAUGGUGUCGAGUUUGAUGACGGAGACAAGAAGAUCUCUUACGAAAUGAUGAAGUAUUGGGCGAACUUUGCUAAAACAGGGGAUCCUAACAAACCAGACCUGCCCACCACGCCCUGGCCACCAUACACACCAGAUAAGAAAGAAUACAUCGAGUUAGGUGACGUCACCAAGCCUGCUUCUGACGUCAUACCCAGUCGUUGGAAGCUGUGGGUUACCACCAUUCCAGAGAUCCAAGCCUCUGCCGUGGUCUCUAAAGCUCGCGGACGCUGUCCCCCGUAUCUUUGUCAUUGCUGCGGGUACGAUGUCUGCCUGGACGACAAGAAUCUGAACUAA